GCAGCCUAAAUUGGACUCAGCAGUUCAGUGGCAUGUGCCCAACAUAAGUGUCAUCCAGCACCUAAUCUUUUCUGCACAAAGCAACAUGUAAAAACCAAUUUGUAUGCUGCUAAUCUGCACUCAAUUUUAUUGGAGACAGUUCCAAGGAGCUCAGGUAUCUUCCUAGGUAUUUUAUCCUAGAUGCCAAAUAAGAAUGCUCAUCUUUUUUAAAAAAAUUGUACCAACAUAUCAAGGCAUGCAAUAGCCAAAAAGCCGGAGCAAAGAAUUAAUAUUGCAUGGACUGGAAAAGGAAUUGCUGCUCAGUGAAUGGAUAAUUCUGUUUGCCUUCUCUGCUACAAGCACCAUAGGAAGAUUUAACAAACUUCACUUGCCUUGAUGAAAGAAGUUAAUCUUAUGCUGCUUUCGUUUACUUCAGUGUCUGGAUUUGGGGUGUGUUUCCUAAAAAAUGGUGUUGUUUUCCCAAGAGAACUAAGUGUGGAAUUAAAUUCCAAAACAUGCCCUUUUAUGAUCUGUCAAGGUGGAGGGACUAUAUCUUUUCCUUUAGGACACCAAGCACUACUGCAGAAGAUGAAAAUGAAGGCAGCACUAAGAAAACGCAAUCAUUUUUUAAGAUUCCCCCAUUCCUUUCAGCUCUCCUGCCAACUUUCCCUCUUUUUUCCAGGCCGUUCUUUCAGCCACAAUCCCAACAUCCUUUCCUUUUUCCACCUUUUCCAGCUGUGCCCUUCGAUAAUGUCUCACCCUUCCUAAAAGGGACUCUGCUCUGGAAGGAAGCAGCAGCUCUGGGGCCACUGGACACCUUGCUAGGAGGCCUCUUAAUAGAGCUGGCCUCACACAGCUGCAUCUCCUUGGAGACCCUCAGGUGCCCUAAAUGUAAACCAGCAGCAUUCAAGAAACACAGGACUUUCUCCAAGUCACCCAGUGAUCCCAUGGGAUCAGAACGGAUGGAGAUGCGGAAGCGGCAAAUGUCUGUGGCCCAGGAGACAACAAGCUCCAUGCAGGGGCAGCCUGAUGAAGGAAACCGAGGUUCCAAUGCCUGCUGCUUCUGUUGGUGCUGCUGUUGCAGUUGCUCUUGUCUUACCGUUAGGAAUCAAGAUGAGAGAACAAGAGCGGCAUCCCAUGAACUUAGAACACACUCCAUUCCAAGUUGUGAAGAAAGCUCAACUCCUACUCUGGAAGAUGUCAACGCCUGGGGUCAAUCAUUUGACAAGUUAAUGAGGACACCAGCAGGAAGAAAUGCUUUCAGGGAGUUCCUCCGAACAGAAUUCAGUGAGGAAAAUAUGCUUUUCUGGAUGGCCUGUGAGGAACUAAAGCGAGAAUCCAACAAAAAAAGAAUUGAAGAGAAAGCAAGGCUAAUAUAUGAAGACUAUAUUUCUAUCCUUUCUCCAAGAGAGGUAAGCCUGGACUCCAGGGUAAGAGAAGUUAUCAACCGGAAUAUGCUAGAACCAUCACAACAUACUUUUGAUGAUGCUCAACUCCAGAUUUACACUUUAAUGCACAGAGACUCCUACCCACGGUUUAUGAACUCUGCUGUUUACAAGGACUUGGUUCAGUCAGUCUCUGAGAAAUCUGCUGAAGCAUAGAAAUUAGUGUGCUUGAAACACAGGUGAUACUCUGGACUAUCAUCCCCGAACAUAAAAUUUAGAAUUGAUGAGUUCAUUACUUGAAAAUAACUCUAAAUGUUCUAAAUAUGGAAGUUUCCAGAACCUCUAGCUAUUUGCAGCGUCUUGUCAAGUGAGAGCCAGUGGCAGAGAAUAAAGGAAUCAUGCAUACUUUAAAAAUAUACUCAAGAAUAGUUUUAAGAUCAGUAAAAACUAUAAGAAAAUAGGCUUGUCAGUAAUUAUAGAGCCAUUUUCUCAUCACUCAGCAUUUAAACUACAUGUUGUACAUCCACUGUGAGGAUACAGAACAGUUGGGAUCAGGUUUACAUAUAGAUUCACCUUUAACUAUACUAUCUACUCCAUGUCUGAGUUAGAAGGGAGUUCUCUGUAUUCAAACCAUCAGAAAUUAUUUGAUAUGGCUGAUGUCACAACAAAUAUACGCAAGUGCAGAAUAUUCAAAGGGUACUGGACAUGUUCCUUAAACUGUAAUCUUUCUCCCCACCUGGCAUUCAUAACCAACUUCACAGAUUGAGCCUUAGUGAUUAUAGUCAGUGAGACUUGGUCUUAAAUGUACAGUGAAUCACACACCUACUUGGACAUGAGCAAAAUGUUAAAUGUCAGCAAGGCGAAGAAAACAAUUUUUUUUUCAAAUAAACAGGUGAAAGGCACUGGUUGUUAUGAAUAAUGCUGCUUGUAAAGUGUAUUAAAAUACCAGGAGGUAUUUUAAAAGUA